CAGGAAAUUUCCUUCUUAAUUUUUUUUGUGUUUUAAAUAAAUAAAUAAAUCACCUCUUUCUCUCCCCCUCCCCCCCUCUCUCUCAUCGUCUUUGCUUAUAUAUAUAUUCAUCCAGAGUGAACUCAUCCUUUCUCAUCAAAGGCUCCUGGCACAUCUUCUCCAUUAAGCUUUUCUCUUGCAUGCACCCUUUCUUUCCUUAAAAACUUCUGCACUACAAAAAAAAAAAAACUUCUCUCAAAAACACAAAAUGGGUGUUAGUGGAACAAUGGAAUACUUGUCUGAUUUAAUGAGUAGUACUAAUAGACACAAGAAAAGGAAGCAAAUGCAAACUGUUGAGCUCAAGAUUAAAAUGGAUUGUGAUGGUUGUGAACUUAAAGUCAAGAAUGCUCUUUCUUCCAUGAGUGGAGUGAAAUCUGUGGAAAUCAACAGGAAGCAACACAAAGUGACAGUAACCGGAUAUGUUGAAGCAAAUAAGGUUGUGAAGAAAGCUAAAUCAACAGGGAAGAAAGUUGAGAUUUGGCCAUAUGUUCCGUACAAUCUUGUGCUUCAUCCUUAUACUGCUCAAGCUUAUGACAAAAAAGCUCCUCCUGGUUACGUUAGAAAUGUGGAGAUUACCUCUACUGUUACCACUAACAUGGCCAGGCAUGAAGAUAACCAGUAUACUACCAUGUUCAGUGAUGAUAAUCCAAAUGCUUGUUCUAUCAUGUAGAUCCAUAUAGAAGGAACAUUAUACUUAACGGGUUUUAUCUUUUGUCUGAUUACUGAUCUAUCUAAAUGAGCAGGGUUUUGGGAAUUAUAGUGCUGUUAGAAUUUGUUUUUC